AUGACAGUAUUUCUCCCUCCAGGCUACAGCCUAACGUGGAAAGAAGCCAACGGGCCAUGGCUGGACGCAUGGCCUUCCACAAAGAUCCCGAACCUCUCGGGGGCUCAACGACACACCCUGACUGGACUCAAAUGUGGGACGAAGUAUUCUCUGAGGAUCACAGCGACGAAUAAAGUUGGGACUUCGCAGCCAGCUUAUUUGGAUGUUAGCACUUUGGGUGGAGUCCCCAUCCCGCCGACCACCGACGAGUGGCUGUGGAGCAACGCGUCCCACAUCCACGUGCAGCUCACGGGCUGGGUGCACAACGGCUGUGACGUCACCGGCUGGGUCGUGGAGUAUCGCCCGCUGGGGGCACGAGGCUGGGUGAAGGCUGACAACCGGAUGGCCUACACAAGCUCGGAGCCAUGGCACCUGCCCCUGUACCACGGCGGCGCGGCGACGAGCACGUUCUCUAUCGCUGACCUGUCGCCAGCCACGUGGUACCAGGUCCGGGUCACUGCGACCAAUGAGGCGGGCAGUGUGACGACGGUGUUUAAUUAUGCUACCAAGAAUGUUGAUGGGAGUGAGAUCGGCCCCCCGUCAGACUCCAUCGACAUGAACCUGGUGGUGAUCGUGUGCAGCUCCAUCCUGCUUGCCGUGUGCCUCAUCAGCUGCAUCUACAUACUGGUUAAGAGGCAGAGGAUAGGCAACCUAACAGAGUACCGGGACUCGAUAACCAUAGACAACAAAUCGGAGAGUGGCAACUUGACGGCAAACACCUCUCAUACCAACCUGGCGAACGUGAAGGAGAAUGCUAUGAAUGCUCAGAAUAAUUGCAGCCGCAUCUACAGCGCUCCCAUACACCACUUGAGGAAUAAUAGCAAACAUGAGCUAUACGAGAUAAGUCCGUACGCGCAGUUCGCUGUAGGCUUCAGGACAUUCGGACACGUCGAGAACCAGGACCUGCCCAGCCGGCCCGCCCGGCCCAAGUAUGACACUGAGACGAGUUUUCAAGUGUGUUCAGAGUCGGAAGACAGCGAUAGUAUAUCCAAAUCUACAAUGAAGAGCGUCCCUAGAAAAGCAUGUCGAACGCCACACCACAGAUAACUAGACAAGGAAAUUUUAUCUUUUUAAAUCCAUACGAAAGUAAUAAAACCUAUUUCUACGAAAGGCUACCUACUAUCUACGGAAAUACAUCGAAUACACUGCCAAUUUUGGAGAUUUUUUUACACAACUGAAAAGCUUCCGAAAUUUUACUAGUUACUUAGCUGGUUUAAAUGAGUUCUCUAGUCGUGACCAAAACGAACGUAGGGUGGGACGCCCUCUGACUGACGACCUUACCAUGUUGUUAAUAGUGACUGGAUG